AUGAAAUACUUAGCCGCUUACUUGUUGUUGGUCCAAGGUGGUAACGCCUCCCCAUCCGCUUCAGACAUCUCAUCCUUGUUGGAAUCCGUUGGAGUUGAAGUUGAAGAAUCAAGAUUGUCCACCUUGUUGAAAGACUUGGAAGGUAAAGACAUCAACGAGUUGAUUGCUGAAGGUAACACCAAGUUGGCCUCAGUCCCAUCUGGCGGUGCUGCUGUCGCUUCCGGUUCCGGUGCUUCUGCUGCCGCUGCUGGUGGUGAUGCUGAAGAAGCCAAGGAAGAAGCUAAGGAAGAAGAAAAGGAAGAGUCUGAUGAUGACAUGGGUUUCGGUUUGUUCGAUUAA